AUGGAAAAGGAUCAAUACGGAACCUGGGCCGAGCUUUUCCGUAUUCAUGCUCGCUCACAUCGAGUCUUGCAUCACAUUGUUCCAUCUACUGAAAAAGCACCGCCAGCCCCCACCGACGUUGAGUAUGAACAAUGGACCACUCUUGAUGCCACUAUUCUUCAGUGGAUUUAUUCCACAAUUUCAACCGACCUGCUGAGCACUAUUCUGGAACCCAACUCCACUGCCGUUGAAGCAUGGAACCGUUUGGCAGAUAUUUUUCAGGACAAUCAAAACGCUCGUGCUGUUAUUCUUGAGCAAGAGUUCUCAAACACUCACAUGGAGGAUUUUCCCAAUGUCUCCUCUUACUGUCAGCGUCUUAAGAUGCUCUCUGACCAAUUGAGAAAUGUCGGCUCUCCUGUCAACAAUCACCGUUUGGUUCUUCAAAUGAUAUCUGGUCUUCCAGAAGCUUACCGCAGUGUUGCCACCUUGAUUUGUCAGAGUAAUCCUCUUCCUGCAUUCCAUCAGGGAGGUCCCUAA